GAGCGAGUAGCUGGCCUGGCUGCGGCCGGGAGCCGGGAGCACGGACCGGAGGCUGCAGCCAUGAGUGCCGUGGACCUUGCCCGCGUGGGCGCGUGUGUCCUGAAGCAUGCAGUGACUGGGGAGGCGGUGGAGUUGCGGAGUCUGUGGCAGGAGCAGGCGUGCGUGGUGGCCGGGCUGCGGCGCUUUGGCUGCAUGGUGUGCCGCUGGAUCGCCAAGGACCUCAGCAGCCUCAAGGGUCUCCUGGACCAGCACGGCGUGCGCCUUGUGGGUGUUGGGCCCGAAGCUUUGGGCCUUCAGGAGUUCCUGGAUGGUGGCUACUUCUCAGGAGAUCUCUACCUGGAUGAGAGCAAGCAGUUCUACAAGGAACUGGGCUUCAAGCGAUACAACAGUUUAAGCAUCCUGCCGGCUGCCCUGGGAAAGCCUGUGCGUGACGUGGCUGCAAAGGCCAAGGCUGUUGGCAUCCAUGGGAACCUAUCUGGAGACCUGCUGCAGAGUGGAGGGCUGCUGGUAGUCAGCAAAGGUGGUGACAAAGUGCUGCUGCAUUUCGCCCAGACGUCCCCCGGUGACUAUGUCCCUCAGGAGAGCAUCCUGCAGGCCCUGGGAAUCUCUGCAGAGGUCAGCACCAGCAAGCCACCCCAGUGUGACAACGAGGUAUGUGGGAGGUGACAGCCCUGACUGCCACAGACCUGGCAGGCCUCUGCACACGCAGGGAGUUGGACUGGAAGAAUCCUUGUGGAGUUGCCAGACCAGAAUACUGGACCUUGCUAGAUUCUUGAGCAAUGGUGAACCAUUAAAGUGUAGUC